UUGCUUAAAAUGCUUUAUGCCUCCACGGAGCGUCACAGAAGCAAAAAAGAGUGUUGUAGUAACGAAAAAGCCCGCGAGUUUCGCGUGCAAACUGGUUUUAACCCGAGAGGAAGGCAUUGCAAAGUUGAAGAAAAGAAUCGAACCCGAAGCAGAGAUCCAGCAUUAUCGUUCACAAUUCAUUGCAGUUCCUUCAAAACGAUCCGUUAAGCUCAAUCACAUCCAUCUGGAGUCCUCAUCCUUCUGCAAUGCCACUCGCUACUGCUCAUUGCAUGAUCCCUGCGAGCUAGAAUUCUUGCAGAGUCUCGUGCUCAGACCCAUCUAACGUCUUGUACCAAGGGAGGAAAAUUAAAGGAGGGAAGAAUGGGUUUCGUCUCUGGCCUGAUCACUGGGUUGGCCCUUGGCAUUGGGUUGGUUUUCGCAUUCGCUUAUUACGAGAGUAUCCGAUCCAAGCGUCGCUCCGAUUUGGCGGCGACGAUCGCGGCGUUCACGAGGAUGACGUUGGCAGAUUCGAAAAAGAUCCUGCAAGGCGAGUGUUACCCUUCUUGGGUUGUCUUUACUCAGCGACAGAAGUUAAAUUGGCUCAACAUCCAACUUAAGAAGAUUUGGCCUUAUGUUGACACGGCAGCUUCUGAGCUGAUACGAAAUACUGUAGAGCCAACUCUCGAGCAGUAUAGGCCGGCUGUCUUAGCAUCCCUCACAUUCUCGAAGUUGACUCUGGGGACAGUGGCUCCUCAAUUCACAGGAAUUUGGAUCGUCGAUGCUGAAAGCAAAAGUGGGCAAAUCACCAUGGAGUUGGAAAUGAAGUGGGAUGGUGAUCUUCUUAUAGAACUUGAUAUCAGAACGCUAGUUGGCGUAGGCUUGCCUGUGCAGGUGAAAAAUAUAGGAUUUACUGGGGUUUUCAGGCUAAUUUUCAAACCACUAGUGGAUGAAAUUCCUUGUUUCGGAGCUGUUUGUUAUUCUUUGCGAGAAAAGAAGAAUCUUGACUUUAAACUAAGCAUUGCUGGUGGUGAUAUAAAAGCAAUCCCUAGGGUUGCUGAAGCUAUCGAGGAAACAAUACGGGAUGCUCUUGAAGACACAUUGACAUGGCCAGUGAGGAAGAUUGUUCCCAUACUGCCUGGGGAUUAUAGUGACUUGGAACUGAAGCCUGUUGGAACAUUAGAAGUGAAGCUUGUGCAAGCAAAGGACCUAGCCAAUAAAGAUCUUAUCGGGAAAUCUGAUCCAUUUGCUGUUCUAUUCGUGCGUCCACUGCGGAGUAAAACGAAAACUAGCAAAACCAUUAACAAUCAGUUAAAUCCAGUAUGGAAUGAGCAUUUUGACUUCAUCGUCGAGGAUUUAUCGACCCAGCACUUAACAAUAAGAGUUUUCGACGAUGAAGGCAUUCAAGCUUCUGAACUCAUCGGUUGUGCUCAAGUUCCAUUAAAUAUCCUUGAGCCUGGAAAAGUGAAGGAUGUGUGGUUAUACCUGGUGAAGGAUCUGGAGGUGCAAAGAGAUACAAAGAACCGGGGUCAGGUGCAAUUGGAGCUCUUGUAUUGUCCCAAAGGCACGGACAAUAUCAUAAAGAAUCCGUUCAAAUCGGGUGUGAAGUUGACAUCGCUCGAGAAGGUGCUUGAAGGCGGAACCCACGAAGCAGAUGCAACUUCAUCUCAGAAGAAAAAGGAUGUGAUUGUUCGAGGAGUACUGUCCGUGACCGUGAUCUCAGCCCAGGAUUUGCCGGCUGUUGACUUGAUGGGAAAAGCCGACCCUUAUGUCGUUCUUACGAUGAAGAAAUCGGGAGCCAAAUUUAAAACCAGGGUGUUGAAUGAUGUUUUGAAUCCGGUCUGGAAUCAGACUUUCGACAUCAUUGUGGAGGAUGGGCUGCAUGAUAUGCUUGUUGUAGAAGUUUGGGACCAUGACACUUUUGGAAAGAAUAAGAUUGGGAAAUGCAUAAUGACACUAACCAGGGUGAUAUUAGAAGGGGAAGUGCGGGAUACUUUUCCUUUAGAUGGGAAGUCGGGAAAGAUCAAUUUGCAUCUCAAGUGGACUGCACAGCCCGUGUUCCGCAACGAUUGAAAGAUGAGCGAGGGGAGUGACGGUUCUCAACUUCUUCAUACAUCUGCAGGCUCAUGAGUGACAGAUACAUCAUACAGGAAAAACAGAUGUAAUAUGAUAAAACUCUGCAACCAUGCAAAGAAAUCAUACGGCUUUGUGUUUUCGGUAA